AUGAAACAAUUAUAUUUUCUAAUUUUUACUCUCUCCUCGUUUAUUUGGUGUUCUUGUCCCGAUGGUUGGACUUCUUAUAAAACUGUUUGUAUUCUGCCAAGAAAUGAUCAAGUAACUUGGUCAACAGCUCAAGCAAUUUGUCCAAAUGAGCAUAAUCAAGGAUACAUGGUGAAUGAAGAAGAUGCGGAAAAACAUGAAUUUGUGUCACAAUUGGCGAGAGAUAAUUUUCCGAUUGCAUCGAAUUAUCAUAUUGGUUUGAGCUAUGCGAGAAAUUCUUGGUAUUGGCAAAGACCUGCUGGACAACAAGCAAUUCAAGUGAAUUCAACUUUUUGGAAUCCAUUUUAUCCGAUUGUUUCAUCUACAUUAACUGCAGUUUGGAAUUCUAUGGAAGGAAAUACAACUGUGAGUGUUCUUCGAAAAAAACUAUGUUUGAAGUUUGGAAUUUGCAGGAAUACGGUUGGCAGAAUAUUGAUAAAACCAAAUCAAAGGCAUAUUAUUUUUGUGAAAUUGUUGACACAAAAAACAUUUUUUGA